UUGCCGACAUGUGUAUCGCGCAAUGCGCAUUGUUAUGAAACCAUUCAGACAAAACUCAAAACCAAAACAAACUCCGAACCGAAGUGCGUAGAACCGGAAAAGUUGAUUGAACAUUAGAACCAUGUGGCUCUCCGGAAGACUUGCUGUUUGUGUCCAAUCAAUUUGCCAUAUUCAAAUUCCGUCUACAGUUUCAUUUCUUCGGCAUCUACCACUACAACGACCUGCAGUGAUUAGUAGUUGCUUCCAAGCUCGGAAUAUUUCAUCAUCAUCCAUGUGCCAUCACAAUGAAGCUAACUUGAACACACUGAAAAAGCGUCCGAAACGGAAAAACCGUCUCGACGAAGUUACCAAAGGUUACAACGUCACGGCCUAUGCCACGGCCGAAGAGUACGACCUGGAGCGAUUGCUAUCGAAUAUCGUCAAGCAAGAUUUGUACGAACGAAAGACCGUUAUUGCGUCGGGCGAGAAUCCAGACUUCCUAUAUGUGACCGCCAAGUACGAGGUGGACGAUGAACCGCGUGAAAUAUUCUUUUUUCGCGAGGGCAGUGUGGUGCUGUGGAAUUGUCCCGAGCUGGAGUGUGGCAAUGUACUGAAACAGUUGCUUCCGUUCGAAAUCGACAGUUACGACAAGUAUGUGGUCCAGGAUGAACGCGAGUGGAUGCCGUACGAUUAUGACGAAAAGGCGCACAUGAAGAAGGGCACAUUCCAUCUGUCGCAGAAUGAUACAGUGCCACUGGAAAAGUACACAUUUUCGAAUGCGAUGUCCACGUCGGUUAAGUUGGGCAUUUGGGAGGCACUGCUGGACAAAUACGUUAAUUCGAUGGCCUAUGUUACGGAAGAUCUGAAAAAGGGCAGACAGAUUCGCAUAUCCCGAGCAGAGGUGUUACGGAAAACUGGCGAAUUGUUCGCACUGCGCCAUUUGAUCAAUUUGAGGUCGGAUUUGUUGGACACUCCGGAUUUCUACUGGGAUCGAGACGAGUUCGGUCACAUGUAUUCGAACGUUUGCGCAUAUUUUAGCAUCCAGAGGCGGACAAAGGUGAUGAACGAAAAGCUGAAUCACUGCGUCGAAUUGGCCGAAUUGAUUUCAUCGAAUUUGAACGACAAACACCACGUCCGUCUCGAAUGGAUGAUCAUUUGGUUGAUCAUGAUCGAAGUUCUCUUCGAAUGUAUCCAUUUGUAUGAUCGAUACAGCGGUCACACAGCGACAGAGGAACCAGCUGCCGAAUGAAAAGGCGACACUGACUUAGAGAGACAUCAUUGCAUUUAUAUCCGCGCUUCAAUACCAUGAUCAAGGAAAUAAAAUUAUUUUUAAAAA